UGAGAAAGUUUGUAUACCACUGACCUAAAGGUGCAUCAGAGUUCAGAGAGGGGUUGGAAGGAUACAGACUGUACCUCUCAAAGCUGUUUUGUCAAUCACUCAUAUCGAUAUCACAUUGAAAUCAAUAGAGAGUGGUCAUCUAAAGUGUAUGGACUUCCUGCUGUCUUCUUCUACUACAGGUCAUCUAAAGUGUAUGGACUUCCUGCUGUCUUCUUCUACCACAGGUCAUCUAAAGUGUAUGGACUUCCUGCUGUCUUCUUCUUCUACUGGUCAUCUAAAGUGUAUGGACUUCCUGCUGUCUUCUGCUACUACAGGUCAUCUAAAGUGUAUGGACUUCCUGCUGUCUUCUUCUUCUACUGGUCAUCUAAAGUGUAUGGACUUCCUGCUGUCUUGCCAUUGACAGAUUCAGUGAAAUCGGAAGAGCAGGGAAUGUCUUGGUUACUCCAACUGAAAGAGGACAUCAGAAAGAUACAGGAAGAAUCUAGUGUGGCUCCCAUGAGUCCCAGCCAGUCUGAUGACGAAGCGGGGGACAGCCCUAACGGUCGCUCACUCAGUGGGAAGGGCUUAUCUGGGAAGACUCCAGGGUUGAAAGGGAUCCAGCGACCUUAUAGCUGUGAUGUGUGUAAGAAGACUUUCACUCAGUCAGUAAACCUACGAAGACACCAAAGAGUACACACUGGAGAGAAACCUUACAGUUGUGAUCAUUGUGGGAAGAGUUUUGCUCGUUCGGGACCCCUGACUAUUCACAAGCGUGUACACACUGGAGCGAAACCUUACAGGUGUGGUCUGUGUGGGGAGAGCUUUGCUCGUUUGGGAGCCCUGACUAUUCACAAGCGUGUACACACUGGAGAGAAACCUUACAGCUGUGAUCAAUGUGGGAGGAGUUGCAAAGAUACCACAGCCCUGAAUGAACACAUGCGUACACACACAGGAGAGAAACCUUUUAGCUGCUACGUCUGUGGAAUGAGUUUUUCUCGACAAAGCAACCUGAAUGUACACAUGCGUACACACACAGGAGAGAAGCCUUACAUCUGUGAUCAAUGUGGGAAGAGAUACACUCAUGCAGGUGAAUUGACAAAACACAUACGUGCGCACACUGGAGAGAAACCCUACAGCUGUGACCAGUGUGGGAAGAGUUUUGCUCGAACUGAUUACCUGACUGAACACAAGGUAACACACACUGGAGAGAAGCCUCAUAGUUGUGAUAUAUGUGGAAAGGGCUUCACUCGGCCUAACUGCUUGGCUGCACACAAGCUAACACACACAGGAGAGAAGCCCUACCUCUGCUCAGACUGUGGGAAGAGCUUCUAUACACCAGCAAAGUUGAAAGAGCACGAGCGAUCACACACAGGAGAGAACCCUUACAGGUGUGGUCUGUGUGGGAAGAUCUUUGCUUGUUUGGGAUCCCUGACUAAACACAAGCGUGUACACACUGGAGAGAAACCAUACAGCUGUGGUCUGUGUGGGAAGAGCUUUGCUUUUUCGGGAUCCCUGACUAAACACAAGCGUGUACACACUGGAGAGAAACCUUACAGCUGUGACCAGUGUGGGAAGAGCUUCACUCAGUCAACAAACCUGACUAAGCACAGACGCAUUCACUCUGGAGAGAUAUUCUCGAUUGCUCUGGCCUGUGUCAAGGCGGAAGUUGCUGCCCUGCUACUAAAGAUGCGAACCGAGACCGGAGGAGAGCGAACCGAGACCGGAGGAGAGAGAAACGAGACCGGAGGAGAGCGAACCGAGACCGGAGGAGAGCGAACCGAGACCGGAGGAGAGAGAAACGAGACAGGAAAAAUACAGGAAGAAUCUACUGUGGCACCCAUGAGGCCCAGCCAGUCUGAUGAUGAUGAUGAUGAUGAAGCAAGGGACAGCCCUAACGGUCGCUCGCUCAGUGGGAGGGGCUUAUCAUCUGGGAAGGCUCCAGGGUUGAAAGGGAUCCAGCGCCCUUAUAGCUGUGACGUGUGUGAGAAAAGUUUCCCUCAUUUAGGAGACCUAAAGAGACACCAGAGAAUACACACAGGAGAGAAACCAUAUGGCUGUAAUCAAUGUGGGAAGAGGCUCUGUACAUCAGGACAACUGAUUAUACAUAAGCGAACACACACUGGAGAGAAACCCUACAGCUGUGACCAGUGUGGGAAGAGUUUUGCUCGAACUGAUUACCUGACUGAACACAAGCUAACACACACUGGAGAGAAGCCUCAUAGUUGUGAUAUAUGUGGAAAGGGCUUCACUCGGCCUAACUGCUUGGCUGCACACAAGCUAACACACACAGGAGAGAAGCCCUACCUCUGCUCAGACUGUGGGAAGAGCUUCUAUACACCAGCAAAGUUGAAAGAGCACGAGCGAUCACACACAGGAGAGAACCCUUACAGGUGUGGUCUGUGUGGGAAGAUCUUUGCUUGUUUGGGAUCCCUAACUAAACACAAGCGUAUACACACAGGAGAGAAACCUUACAGGUGUGGUCUGUGUGGGAAGAGCUUUGCUUGUUCGGGAUCCCUGACUAAACACAAGCGUGUACACACAGGAGAGAAACCUUACAGGUGCGGUCUGUGUGGGGAGAGCUUUGCUCGUUUGGGAGCCCUGACUAUUCACAAGCGUGUACACACUGGAGAGAAACCUUACAGCUGUGAUCAAUGCGGGAGGAGCUGCAAAGAUACCACAGCCCUGAAUGAACACAUGCGUACACACACAGGAGAGAAACCUUUUGGCUGCUUUGUCUGUGGAAUGAGCUUUUCUCGACAAAGCACCCUGAAUGUACACAUGCGCAGACACACAGGUGAGAAGCCUUACAGCUGUGAUCAAUGUGGGAAGAGAUACGCUCAUCCAGGUGAUUUGAAAAUACACAGAAGAGUACACACCGGAGAGAAACCAUACAGCUGUGACCAGUGUGGGAAGAGCUUCACUCAGUCAACAAACCUGACUAAGCACAGACGCAUUCACUCUGGAGAGAUGCCCUAAAGCUGUGAUAUAUGUGGGAUUAACUUCACUCAGUCAUGCUCUCUGGCAAGACACAAUAGUAGGAGUCACACAGGAGAGAAGCUGUACAGCUGUGAUGUAUG